UUGAACACGCCAGUACGAGGACCCAAGCAAGUGAAUAAGGAACCAGUUACACCUAGCUACGUCAAUAUCAAGCGAGGUGGCGGCGGCGGUCCGACUACCGUUGAUUCUAUAGUAGUAGAAAAUGAGAUACUGAAAAAGUUAAGAGCGUUGAGAUAUGAUUUUAAUUGUCGACUAGAUAGACAAGCAAAGGAGUACGACCUACUUCAAAAGAGAUUUGUUGUUACGGAAAACGAAUUACAAAAAGUACAAAAGAUUUUGGAGGUAGUUCAAGAAAAAGUAAAUAAAAUAGAUCUUUUAGAGGCUAAUAUUAAAAUAUUAGAAAAGAAAAAGGAAGAACUAGAAUCAAUUUGUAAUAUGGAGAAAAGUCAGCAGUCAGCAGUCCAGCAGCCGGAAAAGUCAGUUUUAACGUUUGCAAAUGUUGCAAAGAAACAAACUCAAAAGAAGGCAGCGGAUAAUAAAAGUGUGGCCAUGAAACCCACGGAGCCGAUUGUGCACAAACAAUGUAUUGUGAUAGAUUCACAAAAUGAUCUAACGGAUAUUACUAUUCAAAAAGAAAAUAAAAUGGAAACUAGUAAUUGGACGGUGAAUUUAUCUGUGGACACAGACAAGGCGAAGACUGUAGGGAACAAGAGUGAGCUUUCAACUUGA